AUUCCACUCUGAAGUUCUAAUGUGCAGGUAGAGGAACUAGAAUCCUUUAAUGUUCUAUACAUAGAUGUUAUGAUGAACUUACAAAAUGAGGCUUUAUGAUGCUUUUUAACAUGGCUUGCUAGUUUAAGGACUAAAUAUUCCAAAUAUUCAAAUUCCGAUGUUAGUUCAAUGGCAGUUAACAAAUGAAAGCAUGCAAAGGCUAGUAUUAACAGAUACACGAAUUACCUAGUCAAAGAUGAUAAUGAGGAUACCAGAAAUUGUGGUCAUUGCUAGACGACUAUUCCUUUCACUGCAUGAGUGCCACGAACCAGUGAAGGCUGAUUAGGAUCUCUCAUCUACUAUAUAGUGCUAGAUUGAUUAUCCUGUUUCCCCAAGUUGGAAGCAGCAAGUUUCUUGUUAGCAUUAUAAAUGGAAAAACCGAAGCUAAUUAUGUUUCGUACAUGUGAUUUAAGCUUCGUGCAAGUCAUAUCAUUUCUGAAAUGGUUAUAAGUUCAAGGUUUCUGUAUGUUCAGAUUUUGCAAGCUCAAAUAGUUGCUAAUUGUGGGAGGUGCUUGUCUCAUAUUCACAUCUCGCAAAAGUUCAGUCUAAUAGGGAAAUGGUUCUGUUCUCCUUUAUGUCCUUGACAACAAAGGGCUGCCUGAAUAAAUAAAUCAUAUGGGUUUUAAAUUUAUUUUUCACUUUUUGUUAUUAAAAAGAUUUUAUAUGCCAAUGAAAAAGUUCAAUUGUUUUCUGCUACAUUUAGGAGGUAUUUUUGUAUGGCUCUUGAGUUGUAGCUGUGUUCUUCCUAUAGUUGCACUAUUACAUACAGAAAUUUACUUUGUAGUCAUUUUCAUAACAGUUUGCAGUGGUUGAAUAGUUUAACUGAUUACACAAAGUAAAGUUCCCUGAAACUAUGAGUAAUGCUCCAACAAAAUCUACUUCAAAUGGCUUUGAGAAUUCUUUGAGACCGGAAGAAGAACAGAACAAGCAGAUUGAUGAGAUGAGAAAGUUGAUUGGGCCGCUUUCAGGUAAGUUGGCCCUUUAUUGUUCUGAUGCAUCCAUUUCAAGAUAUUUAGCAGCUCGAAGCUGGAAUGUAAAGAAGGCAGCUAAGAUGCUUAAAGCAACCCUGAAGUGGAGAUUGGAUUACAAGCCUGAAGAAAUUCGCUGGGAUGAUGUGGCUAGUGAAGCAGAAACAGGCAAAAUUUAUAGGUCAAACUAUACAGACAAGCAUGGGAGGCCAGUGCUUGUCAUGAGACCUCGAUGCCAAAACACCAAGUCUGUUAAAGGACAAAUCAAGUAUUUAGUGUAUUGCAUGGAAAACGCUGUUGUAAAUCUCCCAGAAGACCAGGAACAGAUGGUCUGGUUGAUUGAUUUUCAUGGAUUCAAUUUGUCAAAUAUAUCAAUCAAGGUGACAAAAGAAACAGCUCAUGUUUUGCAAGACCAUUAUCCUGAAAGGCUGGGGAUAGCUAUUUUAUAUGAUGCACCCAAAAUAUUCGAACCAUUUUGGAAGGUAGCAAAGCCUUUUUUGGACCCAAAGACCGCCAGCAAAGUCAAAUUUGUGUACUCAGAUGACCCCAACAGCCAAAAAAUGAUGGAAGAACUGUUUGACAUGAGUCUGAUAGAGUCUACAUUUGGCGGAGAUGAUCAGGCCGAUUUUGACGUCAAUAAAUAUGCUGAGAGGAUGAGAGAAGAUGAUAAAAAGUUAUCUUCUUUCUGGACGAAAGACAAUAAUUCUGCAUCAACUGCACAACCAACUGUGAUAGCUGACCCCUCUUUAGAGCCAACUAAUUCUGAUUCUGAAUCUGAUGCCUUAGAUGAGAAAGCAGAGAAACAUUCUUCUCUGGAUGUUGAUGAAGAGGAAUCACCAACUGAAGAAACUUUGCCCGGGAUUGACAGUACAAAUGAGAAAGCUGACAGAUUAAAGCAGUGUAACUGAGAGCAAUCUCUUCAAGUUCGUAGUUUUUACUCUUUUUUAUUGCUCCAAUUUUUGCUGACUAAAUGCUCACAACAUGGGCAAAUCUGAAGUUAUCAACAUAAAACAUUUAAUCUAGGUCAUGUACUGAAUGAUAUGUUAUAAAUGAAUGUUCUGCCUCUUUAUACUAGUAGUUCUUUUGGUUGUUUUGCA